CGGCCGGUCGGCUAGAGCGGCCACAGUCGUACGGCCGCUCUCGCUUGUCUUUCGCUCUCUAUGGUUAGAGGCUCAAGCCCCUCCUCCGCCCGAAGUAUUAAGUUCCCUGACGCAUGCGCAAGGCCAGAAGGCAGUUCCGGUUCCGGUGUUGCCGUUCUCGUUCCUGGUGUUCGGUUGUUGCAGUUGGUGGGUAGUAACCGAGCCAAGAUGCUGCGGAAUCUGCUGGCUCUUCGUCAGAUUGCCCAGAGGACCAUAAGCACUGCUUCACGCAGGCAGAUUGAAAAUAAGGUUCCAGAGAAGCAAAAGCUAUUUCAGGAACUGCGUAUGCCAUAUAUCAGCUAGCUAUGGCUUCAUUUCCCAAGAAGCAAGACUGACUUGAGUUUAUCAUCUCAGCAGGCAGUUGGUUCAGUUUCAUUCAGCUCUCUCUGGACCAAUAAUUGAUACAUAACUGAGUUCUUCGGGGAACAAUAUUUAUUGACUUCUACUAACUGCCACCAAUAAAGCAGUCUUUACCAUG